AUGGAAGUUUAUCAACAAAUAGCCGAGAAGGGGAUCCUGGCGAAGCCCCGACCACUCAAGGACCGUACGGGAGGAAACAAGAACCUCUAUUGCGACUACCACAAGGGUUACGGUCACCAAACGCAGGACUGCUUUGACCUGAAAGACGCACUAGAACAAGCGAUAAGGGAAGGCAAGCUAGCAGCAUUCUCCCAUCUUAUCAGAGAGCCGAGGAGACGCUAUCGCGACCAUGACGAAGAAGCCAAAACCCGUUCGGCAAAGCGGCGACAAGAGCCAGAAGAUAGAGACCACGGCCUCACUGUGAUAAACGUGGUAACAGCCAAAAACACCGCGCCAAAAUCCCGAUCGGCGCACAAGAAAGAUGCCAAGGUCUUGGCGGUCUCCUCCUCGUUGGUGCGAAACUCUAGGAAGCCUCCGUCCAUUUCUUUCGGCCCGGAAGACAAAUGGUUCGACGACGCCCCGGAAAACCCUCCCAUGGUCACUACGGCCAGAGUGGAAACCGGCCUCGUCAAACGCAUCCUUGUCGACAUAGGGGCUGAUUCAAACAUCAUGUUCCGCAACGUAUUUGACGCACUGGGGCUAAGGGACGCCGAUCUAACGACCCACCAACACGGGGUCAUUGGAUUGGGCGACCACUUCAUUAAACCUGACGGAGUAAUAUCCCUACCGAUCUCGGUAGGACAAACCCAAGGUCGAAGGUCGACGAUGGCCGAGUUCGUGAUCCUCCGAGAUUCCACCGCCUAUAACAUCAUCUUGGGAAGGAAGACGAUAAACGAUGUUGAAGCGAUAAUCAACACGAAGCUGCUAGUCAUGAAGUUCGUUACUGAUGAUGGGUCUAUAGGGUCCAUAAGAGGGGAUCUCGAGACGGCGGUCGCCUGCAACAACGCCAGCCUCUCCCUAAGAAAGAAAUCAAAAGAGGCGUCCGGUGUGUUCCUAGCUGACCUGGACGCCAGAGUAGACGACAAACCUAGACCGGAACCAGAAGGGGACCUGGAAAAAUUCAUAAUCGGCGACACAGAGGAGAAAUUCACGUUCAUCAACAAGAACCUCCCACAAGAGUUAAAGGAGCCCUUGAUCAAAAUGAUAAGGGCCAAUAGGGAUUUGUUCGCCUGGACACCUGCCGACAUGCCGGGCAUAGACCCAAAAAUCAUGUCACACCAUCUGGCCGUCAGGACGGAAGCACGCCCGGUAACGCAACGCAGAAGAAAGAUGUCGACAGAAAGGGCGGAGGAAGUGGCCAGGCAGACGGCCAGCCUCCUAGAAGCAGGUUUCAUACGAGAAGUAGACUACUCGACGUGGCUCUCGAAUGUUGUUCUAGUGAAAAAGCACAACGGCAAGUGGAGAAUGUGUGUAGACUACUCUGACCUUAACAAGGCAUACCCAAAGGAUUGUUUCCCCCUCCCUAACAUAGACGCGCUCGUCGACGCUGCGGCGGGCUACCGUUACCUGAGCUUCAUGGACGCCUACUCCGGUUACAACCAGAUACCGAUGCACCGUCCAGAUGAAGACAAGACGGCGUUCAUAACGCCAGGGGGAACCUUCUGCUACAAGGUGAUGCCGUUCGGCCUGAAAAACGCAGGAGCAACAUACCAAAGGCUGAUGAACAAGAUAUUCCACGAUCUUAUAGGCAAAACAGUGGAAGUCUACGUCGACGACGUCCUCACGAAAACAACGCGACCUGACGACCUCCUAAAGGAUCUGGAAAACGUAUUCGCUUCUCUCCGGCAACACGGCAUGAGGCUGAACCCCCUCAAAUGUGCCUUCGCCAUGGAAGCUGGCAAGUUCCUAGGAUUUAUGAUAACUCAGAGAGGGGUAGAAGCCAACCCGGAGAAGUGCCAGGCGAUACUCCAGAUGAAGAGCCCAGGUUGUAUCAAGGACGUCCAAAGGUUGGCGGGGCGGCUGACCUCAUUAUCCCGGUUUCUCGGAGCAUCGGUAACAAAGGCCCUGCCAUUCUUUAACCUCAUAAAGAAAGGGAUGGCGUUCGAGUGGACACCCGCAUGUGAGGAAGCCUUUCAGCACUUCAAGGAAAUCCUGGCGGCACCACCUGUGCUCGGGAAGCCAAAGGACGGGGAGCCGCUAUACCUAUACCUCGCCAUAACAGGAGAAGCCCUGGCCGUAGUUCUGGUACGGGAAGAAGGGAGGGCUCAACAGCCAGUCUAUUUCAUAAGCAGAGCCCUGCAAGGGGCAGAAAUAAGGUACAGCAAACUGGAAAAGCUAGCUCUAGCGCUCUUGACCUCCUCACGAAGGUUAAAGCAAUACUUCCAAAGUCACCAGGUUGUCGUAAGAACGGACCAAGGGAUCCGGCAAGUACUUCAAAAACCCGACUUGGCGGGGAGAAUGAUGACUUGGUCCAUCGAACUCUCCCAAUACGACAUACGAUACGAACCCCGGCAAGCCAUCAAGGCGCAGGCGGUGGCAGAUUUUCUGGUAGAAGUAACUAGGGACCCGACCGAAGAAACGAGCACACGGUGGAAACUCCACGUAGACGGAGCUUCCAACCAGACGUUUGAAGGGGUCGAGAUCAUCCUGGAAAGCCCGGUUGGAGUCGUAUACGAGCAGUCGAUCAGGUUUGAAUUUCCCAUUUCGAACAACCAGGCAAAAUACGAAGCCCUUAUAGGGGGCUUGACCCUAGCAGCGGAAGUCGGAGCAACAAGGCUGGAAAUAUGCAGCGAUUCUCAGGUCGUCACCUCCCAGGUAAACGGGAGCUACCAAGCCAAAGACUCGUUAUUACAAAAGUACUUGGAAAAAGUCAAAAACUUAAGCCAAAAAUUUGAGGAGGUCACGGUCCACCACGUUCCUAGAGAAAGGAACACACGGGCAGAUCUCCUAUCGAAGUUGGCCAGCACUAAACCGGGAGAAGGCAACCGGUCUCUCAUCCAAGGUAUAACGAAAGAGCCAGCGGUCGCUCUGCACGUGUCAACGCUAGGCUCUUCAUGGCUAGACCCUAUCACCAGCUUCCUAGAAAAUGGUAAACUCCCUGACGACGAAAAGGACGCGGCGAAACUGAGAAGGGAAGCAGCCAAAUACGCGGUCAUCCAAGGACAGCUAUUCAAGAAAGGACUCAACCAGCCCCUGCUGAAGUUCUUGCAUCCCGACCAGACGGACUACGUCCUUAGGGAAGUCCAUGAAGGCUGCUGCGGACACCACAUAGGAGGUAAGGCCCUGGCAAGAAAAUUAAUUCGAGCCGGAUACUAUUGGCCGUCAAUGAUGGCAGACUCCAAGGAGUUCGUCAAAAAAUGUGUGAAGUGUCAAGAGAACGCCAAUUUUCACAGGGCACCGGCCUCCGAGUUAAGCCUGUUAACGUCCUCCCAGCCAUUCUCUCAAUGGGGAAUCGACCUUCUAGGACCCUUCCCAGUCGGUCCCGGGCAAGUCAAAUAUCUCAUAGUCGCCAUUGAUUACUACACCAAAUGGAUAGAAGCCGAACCGCUGGCUAGCAUAUCCUCAUCCAAUUACAAGAAAUUCGUGUGGAGGCAGGUGAUAACACGAUUCGGGAUUCCAGAAGUCGUCAUCUCGGACAACGGUACGCAGUUCACCGACAAGAAGUUCACGGAAUUCCUCACCGGCCUGGGUAUAAGACAGAGGUUCUCCUCGGUAGAGCACCCCCAGACAAACGGACAGGUGGAGUCCGCAAACAAGAUUAUCCUUUUAGGGCUGAAGAAGCGAUUGGAUGAUAAGAAGGGUGCUUGGGCCGACGAAUUAGCCUCGGUCCUCUGGUCUUACCGAACAACCGAACAGUCCUCCACUAAGGAGACUCCUUUCCGUCUAACAUAUGGGUUAGAGGCGGUAAUACCCGUAGAGAUCGGGGAACCGAGCCCCCGGUUACUUUUGAAAGGAGUGGAGGAAGCCGUGGAAAAGGACCUGAUGGAUGAAGCCAGAGAAAGGGCCCAUUUGACAGAGAUAGCGCUAAAACAAAGAAUGGCCCUACGCUACAACACCAAAGUGCUCAAAAGGGAAUUCGAGCCGAACGAUCUCGUCCUAAGGCGAAACGACAUUGGCCUACCGACCCCUGGAGCAGGCAAGCUGGCGGCAAACUGGGAAGGCCCUUAUAGAAUCAAAGAAGCAAUGGGGAAAGGCGCUUUCAAGUUAGAGAGGCUAAAUGACAACACGCUCUAUCGCAACCCGACAACGAUGCGCGGCCCCAGGACUGAUCACCCCGGGAGCCCAUCAAAUACCGUGAUAACAAACGACUACGCAAAAGGCCACGGCUCGUUAAUAUAA